AUGCCUCCAAGACCUGUAAGACAGAGUACUCGCUACGCAAGUAGGGAGCCUGAAGAGACGACUGGUGGACCUCAAAUUUCUCUGGUCAAACCCAAGUUACCGGCUCUGAAAGGAACUCCGAGUUCUCGGAGACAGUACACGUAUGGCUCUGGUGUUGAGCCACCCCCCAGACUAGGCGCCGGCCUUCAACAAAUGACUCUGAAGAACGCCGUUAGCCAGGCUCUUAAGAAACAUCCCGGCGAGGACGAAGAAUUUGUUCGACCACCAAUACCAGAACCGGCACCCAAACCGGCACCCAAACCGGCACCCAAACCAGCAGCUACAAAGGCAGAUCGAGGUAAGACCUCGAAAGACAAUGCCGCACGACAGGCAACAACAACCGCCACCGGGCAUUUGGCCGUUGGCAGAGAUGAUGACAGCUCGCGAAGCUUUGAACUGGAAAGCGAUUAUUAUGACCAUGCAACGAUAGAACCGGCACCAUCAAAGCCGCCAGUAGCCCCCGCAAAGCAGCAAUCCGCACCCAAGACAAACCUCGGACCUGAAGAAGAGGAGUCCAGUGAUGAUGAAUUACUGCCGCCUCGAAAUGAGAAAGAGCCGCGGUCUUCAGUACGACUGAUUGAGAACUUCGAUGAAGUCGAUGCGAGACAAACCAGGUCACACUCGUCCCGUUCUCGAAGCCAAAGGAGUUCAACAAAGUCGACUGAGAACUUGGAACCUAAAAAUGAUGCACCCGUCACAGCGAGACAGAAUGAUUCGCAGUCAUCUCGUUCUCGGGACCAGCAAAAGACCUCAACACGGCCGGAUGAGAGUAAAGUCACUCAACAGGCAUCAGAACCCUCAAUAUGGGCGAAGCAGAAACCCUUCCCCGGGACUGGUACUGGACUGGAAAUAGGGACUGGAGCUACACUCAACGAUCGGAGACCCAAUGGAUCGAAGAGUCUUUUUGGUCCGGCUACAACCUCGGGUUCAGAUGCAUUGAACAGAGCUCGACAACUUCCAGAUGAUCCACAACAACGCGACUGGCAGAUUCAAAGGGAAAUAUCAGCAGCUGAGCGGGAGAACAUUCGGAUACAUGACAUGGUGCGGGAGAUGGAAGCAUCACCCUGGUAUUUUGAGUGGGUGCGAUUCAAAGGUUGGGUCAGAUUCUUCCUCUGGCCGCCCUAUUGGUUUCGACGUGGAGACCAAGAGCCUUUCGAUUUCAAUUUCGAAGAUAAUGUGGUCAACAGUGACGGUGCUCCGACGGACUGGACUCGCGUGUUCUCCCCCAUGACAUAUCUGCUGGUUUUGAGGUGUUGGUUUGACAAAACCAUGGACCGUUUCUUCAAUCUAUUUGAUCGUCUGUGCGGUAUACAAGUUGGACAAGUACAAAGAUCGUUCCCCGUGCGCUUAGUCUGGGCUCUAGCAUUGAGCUGUGUCGCUUUGUUCCUACUUACGAGCUCUGGAGCUCUGCGACAUGUCCCUGAUUUCCCAGACAUCGGCUCUCUGAAACCAACUAUGGAUUGGCCGAGCACUGAAGGAUUUGGUGUUGGUAAAAUAAUACCCUCGGUGUCAUGGCCUUCAUUACCUUCAUGGCCUUCAUGGGGCAGGGACGAGGAUGACUUUUCUUUCCCUGAUCCAUUUGCCAGGGACGACGUUGUCAUCCCAGAUGACUACAAGAAAGCAUUGGACGCGCUGAAGGAUCAAGCUAAGAUCCAAAAGAAGGCGCUCAAGAGGCUAGAAACAAUUCUUCCUCGGAUUGUGCAUAUGGAUCUCAUUAAUGGACGCCCAUCAAUCAAGCCCGAGUUUUGGCAUGCUCUCCAAGAUCACCUCAAAGAGAGCGGAAGCUUCUUGAAUCUCGACAAGAAGAGCGGCAACUUCGAAAUUUCUUCGGAAAAGCAAUGGAAAGCUAUCGUGGCACGUCUCGGAAAAGAUAACAAUUUUCAAGGCAAGCUCGAUGGCAUUGUCGGCAACAGUAUCCAAGACAAACUACCAAACUUCUGGGACACAUGGUUCAGGAACAACAAUGAUGUGCUCGAGCCGCUCGUGGAAAAGGCAAUGGCUAAGAAACAAACUGCCGGCUCCGGAGCCGCAUUCGAUCAGAAGCUUGCCAAGAUUGUUGGCGAGGAACUUCGCAAGCAAAACGAAACUGCUUUCUCUCGAGAUGAAUUCAUGGCACAUCUCAAGGGCGAUCUGACGAAGCAUAAAUCAGAAGUCGAAGCUGAGUUUAACAGGCUUAAAGAGUACAUGAACGAUCACAUCAAGGAAUCCAUUCGGACUGCCAAGAUGAUGGCUCCCAAGGCAAUGUCUGAUGGCGAGAUGAAGAAGCUCAUUCGAAAGAUCAUCUACCAAACUCUUACAGAUGGCAGCCUCGAAGCUGUAGCCAAGAGCAAGAUUCAUGCCCACUGGAACUCUAAUCUUAAAUACCAGGUCAACUUCUUUGGUGUUGGGGCUGGGGCUACCAUAGAAACGAAGUUUACCGCGCCUGUUUGGGAACCAUACAAGGACAAAGCUCAAGUAAAGAAAGCACUCGCGCUUGGCCUCACGGGGGUUCGUCCUCGUUCUGCUAUACAUGCACUUAGUCCUUGGCAAGAAGAGGGAGAACGCUGGUGUGGGUCGCAUACUGAAGACACUGACGGGAGAUCUCAUGGCGUUGGACUGUCUAUCCACAUGGGCCAUGAGGUUGUCCCUGAAAACAUUGUUAUUGAACACAUUCACCCCAACGCAACAAUGGACCCUGGUGCUCGACCACGACACAUUGAAGUCUUUGCUAGAUUCGAGGUCAAGGAUGAACAAGAGCUCGUGCGAGACUACUCAUCUAACAAAUUCCCUGACCACAUCAACGGCUGGGACUUUAAUCCUUCUCCUUUACCAGAUUCAUUCGUAAAGAUUACUCAAUUCGAAUAUCAAGGCGAUGAACUGAAUGAAGGCGUACACGUUCAUCACAUCAACGAUGAAUUCGCCAAUCUGCUCAUUCCGACGGACCAUGUCAUCAUUCGUGCUUUGAGCAACUAUGGUGCACCGGACCACACGUGUUUUUACCGGGUGAGGUUGUUUGGAAACCGGGUGGAUGAAUCGGCAUGA